AUGGCAGUGGCGGCUGAGGGUGGGAGCGUGGAGGAGGGCGUGGGGGAGAGCUCUUCUCCUCCGCGUGAGGCGCCGCCCGCGCCCGCAGUGUCGGGCGGGAGCGGCGGAGGCGGGGGAGCCCCCCGCGACAUCUGCACCCAGGUGUUCGAGCGGCUCGUCGCCGACGGCAACGAGGAGGUGGCAGGCCCCGACUUCCGCGUCCAGCUCGAGGCCCAUUUCGCGCGGCUUCCAUUCAGCUAUCAACUUGAUAUCAAUGUCGACAAAUCAGCAGAUGUCUUGGUCCAUCAGAAGGUCUUGGCGGAAGCAAAGGAUCCUCUGAGGCGCCCUGCUUUCCGUGUCCGUUUUUUGAGGGUUGAAGACAUGGAUUCAGCAUAUGGCUCUGAUGCAUCUGAUGAAGGGGCUGAUGAUGGUGAUGAUCUCUCUACCAGCUUGUUUUACACGCUUCAGAUAUUACAGCUGUGUGUAAGGCAGGACACACCGUACACACACAUUCAUGAGAUAGUUUUCUCCACAAUUGACAAGCCAAAGCUCCUUAGUCAGCUGUCUGCCUUGCUAUCAGACAUUGGGCUGAACAUCAGGGAAGCACAUGUUUUCUCUACCGUAGAUGGCUAUUCUCUUGAUGUUUUUGUUGUUGAUGGUUGGCCCAUUGAGGAUACUGAUGGUUUACAUAAGGCACUUGAAGCAUCUGUUUUAAGGAAUGAGGGUUCAUGGUCUGGUUCAUCUCACUCCUCAGCUGCGGAAAGAACACUGCCAUUCCAGGUAAAAGGUGGGGAAUGGGAAAUUGACAAGCGGCUUCUGAAGAUGGGAGAGAUGAUUGCUUCUGGUUCUUGUGGAGACUUGUUCCAUGGGACUUACUUUGGCGAGGAUGUUGCUGUUAAAGUUCUAAAAGCCGAGCAUUUGAAUAAUAAUGUUUGGAACGAGUUUACACAAGAAGUAUAUAUUCUAAGGGAAGUUCAUCAUACCAAUGUUGUGCGAUUCAUUGGUGCAUGCACAAAACCACCAAAAUUUUGCAUAAUUACAGAAUACAUGUCUGGAGGAAGUCUGUAUGAUUAUGUGCACAAGCAGCGUAAUGUCGUUGAUCUCCCAACUCUGCUGAAGUUUGCAUGUGAUAUAUGCCGAGGGAUGUGUUACUUGCAUCAGAGGGGCAUUAUCCACAGAGACUUAAAGACAGCAAACCUUCUAAUGGACAAAGAUCAUGUUGUUAAAGUAGCAGAUUUUGGUGUAGCUCGGUUCCAGGAUCAAGGUGGUAUCAUGACAGCUGAAACUGGAACAUACAGAUGGAUGGCGCCUGAGGUUAUAAAUCAUCAACCCUAUGAUAACAAAGCAGAUGUAUUUAGUUUCGCUAUUGUGCUUUGGGAACUCCUGACGUCCAAGAUCCCAUAUGAUACCAUGACACCUCUGCAAGCAGCUGUAGGUGUUAGGCAGGGGCUGCGCCCAGUGCUGCCAGAAAAGACACAUCCCAAGCUAUUAGACUUGCUGCAGAGAUGUUGGGAAACCAUCCCAUCAAAUCGGCCUGCUUUCUCAGAUAUAUUAACUGAACUAGAGGGUCUUCUGGCAGAAGUUCAGGUUACUUCAGGUGAAACGAGCAAACAACCGAAGGAUAUCUCGGCCUCGACAGACUGA